CAGAGAUGGUGAUUAAUUCCACCAUAUCACUGUUACGCGGCGCUAGUAUUUUCUUGUCUAUAAAUCGAUGAAAUUAUCACUUUUAAAAGAAUUUAAAGGAUAAUCUGUGAACUCGUAACUGCAUCUUCGUAAUCAAAUCCUCACCUCCUCUUCUACAUUCCAUUUACAAAAUGCAUGUAGAAGGAUUUGGAAAUAUGUAUGUUGAUAUCAUUCUUCUUUGAUGAAUCGGUAAUAUAGUGUUUUGAAUAAAUAGAACGUAGAGUUUUGAAGGAGAACUCGCAAACCGUGUGAUAAAGUACGGACCACUGUGGAGGUAGCCUUGUGACUUUAUUUCAUUAUAAUCCCGUAAAAACGCAAGAGAAAUGUUGCUUUUUAAAUUAAACCGGAAUUUAUUUGCUAACCUUAAGGUUCAAAAAUGUCACGUUCACAGUAUGCUGCAAAUAUGUAAUGAUAAUUUUGAAACUAACGUGGGAAGACAUGUAAAAGUACAGGGUUGGGUUCAUGCCAUCAGAAAGAUGAAAGAAAAUAUUUUCGUCGAUAUUAUGGAUGGAUCAACUCCUAAAAUGUUACAACUUGUUAUACCAAAGGAGAAUAACCCAGAUAACUUGAGUUUUGGAAGUAGCAUUGAGGCAGAAGGAAAAUUAGCCUUAGGUCCCAACAAUAGAAUUGAAUUACAUACAAACAAUGUUAUUGUAGUUGGUACAUGCGAUGUUAUGGACGGAUAUCCGUUUGCUCCAAGAAAACGGUAUCACGAAGAUUAUGUUAGAGAAUUUCUACAUUUAAGACCAAGAACUAAAAAAUUUUCAUCUUUAUUGAGAUUACGCGACAUAACAUCUGCGAGUAUUGAAAAUUACUUGAGAAGCAGAGAUUAUAUCAAUAUACACACACCGGUUCUAACUUCAAAUGAUUGUGAAGGUGCUGGUGAAUUAUUCUUGGUACAACCAAAUUCUAAAGAUCUCUUAAAAUCUAUGAAAAGAGAAGAUUUAACAGAAGAGGAAUCAUUUUUUAAUACUAAGACUUUCUUAACAGUUUCUAGACAAUUGCAUUUAGAAGUUGCCGCCAGAGCAUUUACAAAGGUAUAUUCCUUUGGACCAGUAUUCAGAGCAGAGAAUUGUAAUUCAAGAUUACAUUUAGCUGAAUUUUAUAUGUUGGAAGCUGAAUUGGCAUUUAUUAAUAAUAUUGAUAAUAUAAUGAUUGAAGUUGAAUCACUUAUAAAAUAUAUAAUUAAAGAUGUAUUUGAAAAAGGUGCUUCAGAUGUAGAUGCAAUAGGUGGUUGUGAAAUACAGUGGUUGAAUGAUAAAUUUACAUGUAUGACAUAUGAUGAUGCAAUUAAUAUUUUACAAAAUAAUAUAAGUUGUUUAAAAAGUCCCGUCAAAAGUGGGACAAACUUAUCGAAAGAACAUGAAUUGUUUCUAGUGAAACAUAACAAUAAUGUUCCAAUAUUUGUUACGGAUUGGCCAAAAGAAAUUAAACCUUUUUAUAUGAAAGAAUGUAAAGACGAUGCGUCAAAGGUUUCUGCCAUAGAUCUUUUAGUACCUACUGUAGGAGAGUUAGUAGGAGGCAGUAUACGUGAAGAUAAUUAUGAAAAAUUAAAGUCAAACUUACCCUUAACAUCUAAUCUUUCUUGGUAUUUAGAACUUCGAAAAUAUGGUAAUGUGCCAACUGGGGGAUUUGGAUUGGGGUUUGAAAGAUUUUUACAAUUUAUUUUCAAUAUACCAAAUAUCAAGGAUACGCUUCCUUUCCCGAGAUGGCCUCAUAAUUGCAGCUUAUAAAUAAAAACCUUAAGACUUGUAAUUAUGAUUAUCCCACAACACAUAGUACAUAUAAUUAUUAUAUGCAAUUAAAAUACUUAAAAAUAAAUUUUCUAUUAUAUGGAAUAAUUAGAAGACAAAUA